AAUCACUGCACAGCUGUUGGAAUCGUACGCUCUAUGGUUGGAACUUGGAAGUGGACCUGGAGAAGCAGAAGGGCCAAGGCGAUGGACCGUUAUGUGCUCAUUUUCGUAUAGAGACCAAUGCAACCAGUAUUAGUUAAAGAUUUGCGGAAAAUAAAAAAAAUGUUGCUAGAUAACGAACUAGUUGGACUUGUGGACCAUGGCUCGGCAACCCAAAAACCACCCAAACAUGGAUGGAAAAUGUACCCUGCUAGAGUAUUGACUGUAAACGAUGAUUUAGAGACAAUUAAAGCAGAAAUGGAGUGGCUGGAAGGUGUGGAUCCAGAAGACCAUCUAGGGAUUACACCAAGGAGGAGGAAAGUUGGCAAAGAUGAAGUGGUGGAUGAUGAUGAGCCUAGGAAAGCCAAAGAGAAAAGAAAAAAUGUAGAGCUGGACUCUGUUUUACAAGAAUAUGAAGAGGAGCGGAGAAAGGACAAGGCAACAAUACAAAAGCUGAGAGAACAGGUGGAUUCUCAACAGAAUGAAAUAAGAAGACUGCAGAACCUCAUCCUCAAUUUGCAGGAUGGCGUCUCGUCCCUCAUAAAGGACACAAUAGAAAAAUCAACGCAACAGUUUGCUCCAAGGCACUCUGUUAAGAUGACAGAUCUGCAGGCAUCACCAUCUUUUCCAGCAGCCAGUGCUGACAACAAGGCGGAGGUGCAAGAAACCAUGACUGUCAAGAACCUGAACGCGAGGUUGGCUGUCAAAAAGGCGUUGACGUACAAGAAGAUGACCAGGACACUAAUGACGGCCAUGUUUCCUCUGGAAACUCUCCUGAAGAGUUCCGUCACUGGGAAAAAGCUCCAGAAUGGCGAGCCCAGGCCCGCAUUAGACCCAGCCAAAGUAAAAUCAAUCAUAGACGAAGUUAAGAAAAGGUUUGUGCACGCGAAUGACACCGACAUCAAAGCUUGCAUGGCCCAGAAGUUGAAGGACCUGCGCCAGUGCGGUCGCAGUGAUGGAUCUGCACUGUACCUCUGUCAGUAUGAAAUUGAAAGUUAAGCUAAGGGCAGAGCUCGACACGAGAAGUCUCUGUUUCAUCUCUUGGAGCGAAUCAAUAAUGUAUGGAACUCCUUGCAUCUCAGAGGGAAUGCUUACAACCAACUGGAGCCCUGACAGCACCGCGGCAGUGUGGGGCUCUCCAUGUAUGAGGCUUCCAAUUAAAGACAACAUUUAGAGGAUCUCCAGGAGAACAUUUGGUGCGAGCCUCAAAGUACCACCCCCCGAGACUCUCUGACCUACUCCCCCGCAUUUUAUUGAUCUUCAGGCAGAUGUAAAAGUCUAUUGAGGUCAUCAUUCAUUUUUUAUAAUCCCAAGAAAUGUCAAAUGUGCCCUAAAAACAUAUUUAUGUCAAUUUUAAGCGUGUCAACACAAACACCGGAAAGGAUUGAUACGGUGUGUGCGAGGAGUUGAUAUUUCCUUUUGCCAAUUGUGUAUGUGAAUCUUGAUAAUACAUUUUCUGUAAUAUGUUUAUUUGAGUAAUACAUGGGAAUUGUAGUCAUUCAGUUUGAUUUUGUAGACUACAGUGAAUUCAGCUGUCCUGAUAGUAUUUUGAAUCCUGCUACCACUCUGCACCAGGAACCAAAGAUGUUCAGGCUUUUUUUUUCACUACAGCAUGUAUUUUUACUGAUUGUU